CGCUUCGGUUGGGCCCGGUUGCCAUGGCGCUCUCCCCGUACGUGCAGUCCAAUCAGGAGCUGUUCCGGGCCAACACGCGCAUCCACGAGUUCCCCGCGCACGUGGCCAAGGUCCACUCGGUGGCCUGGAGCUGCUGCGGCCGCCGCCUCGCUUCCGGCUCCUUCAACAAGACCGCCAGCGUCUUCGUGCUCGACAAGGACCGGCUGGUGAAGGAGAAUAAUUGCCGUGGCCAUGGAGACAGUGUGGAUCAGUUGUGCUGGCACCCCAGCAACCCGGACUUAUUUGUCACUGCGUCUGGAGACAAAACCAUCCGUAUAUGGGAUGUCCGCACUACUAAAUGUAUUGCCUCUGUGAAUACCAAGGGGGAGAAUAUUAACAUUUGUUGGAGCCCUGACGGACAGACUAUUGCAGUAGGGAACAAGGAUGAUGUGGUCACCUUCAUUGAUGCUAAAACAUAUCGGUCCAAAGCCGAGGAACAGUUCAAGUUUGAGGUGAAUGAGAUCUCUUGGAACAAUGACAACAACAUGUUUUUUCUCACCAAUGGCAACGGUUGCAUCAAUCCUCAGCUGAAGCUCAUCCAGUCAAUUAAUGCCCAUCCUUCGAACUGCAUCUGUAUCAAAUUUGACCCAACGGGCAAGUAUUUUGCUACAGGAAGUGCUGAUGCAUUGGUUAGCCUCUGGGAUGUGGAUGAGCUUGUAUGCGUGCGAUGCUUUUCUAGGCUUGACUGGCCUGUGAGGACACUGAGUUUCAGCCAUGAUGGGAAGAUGCUGGCUUCAGCCUCUGAAGAUCACUUCAUUGACAUUGCUGAGGUAGAAACAGGAGAGAAGCUGUGGGAAGUGCAGUGCGAGUCUUCAACGUUCACUGUGGCUUGGCAUCCAAAGCGGCCCCUGUUGGCCUUCGCCUGCGAUGACAAAGAUGGCAAAUAUGAUAGCAGCAGAGAAGCUGGAACCGUGAAGCUCUUUGGUCUUCCCAAUGACUCAUAAGAGAAGUCUCCUGGGGACUGUAUUUGUAACCUGGUAUUCCUAGCCCACA